AUGGAAAAGAAUUUAUUUGCCAUAUGCAGAAAAGAACCAAUUGAAGAUGACAGCGGAGAAAUCCUUUCAGACAAGACAGCAUUAUAUUCUUUAUGUUUAGAAAAUCUUGUUCUCACUUCAGUGCCAGCAACUAUUUUUAUCAUUAUGGCAAUUUCUCGGUUUUGUCCUUUAGUAGCUCAAUUUCCAACUCCAAAAUACAGUAAACUCACAAAAAAUUCAAAAUUUAUCCUAACCCUAUGUUUAUUCCUUUCAAUUUAUCCUAUCAUUCAACUUGCAGCAUUAAUUACAAAUAAGCAUGCAGGGGGAAUUACCGUAUAUUAUGCAAUUACUGAAUCUUUAGCAUGAUUUUUAAGCGGAUGCGUAGUAUUUAUAGAAGAACUAAAAGGACUCCCAAGAUCAUGAAUGCUUUACAGCUACUGAGGAAUUUCAUUUAUUUCAUCGUUAUUAAAAUCUCUCACAAGAAUUUAUGUGCUAUUUAAAGAUGAAUUUAUAUGCUGGAGCUGAUUUUUCCAUUUAAUUGAAAGUUUAUGCUCACUCCUCCUUCUGUGAGUAACAAAAGCGUUGGAAAAUCCCUCUCUGAAGCGAGAAAUUUUUUAAUAUAAAAAUUUGAUGAAAAAAUUUUUGAUAUAUACUGUUGAAUUUAAACAUUUUGCAUUUUAAAACUAAAAAUAAUUUUUUGUUUUCCAUUUUUGCAAGUUAGAAAAAAAAAUAUUUGCUUAAAAAUUCAAAAAAAAACUCCCUCGUGUGAACAAUCAAAAUUUUUUUGUUCGCACUCGAGGGGUAGUCAGCAACUAUAUUUUCAUUAGCUCUCCCUGAAACCCGUAAUAGAACAUAUACAGUUGGAUUUACACAGAAUACACAAAUGAUCCCCUUUCUUCCAAAACUGCUUAUUAUUUGACUUAUGGUAAAUGGGCAGCUUCUUUAUGGGUUGGCAGUUUUGAUUUUACCAUCAUACGCAUCAGAGCUUGAUGCAUCUCCUACAUGAAUUGGUUUAAUUUUUGGAGCCUAUGCAGCAUCUAUAUUAUUUUCAUCCCCAAUUUUUGCUAGCUUUCCCAUAAUAUUAUUAAACGAUUCUAUCUAAACUAUAUAAAUUAACCCUUAUCAGAUAAAUAAUUUCAUAAAUCGCAAUUUUUAUAUAAUAAAUAAAUAAAUUAGCUAACAUUGAUAAUAAUUUAUGAACUUAACUGUUUGAAGUUAAAAAGAAAUUUAAUAAUCCGUUAGUUGUGUGCUACUGUCCAUCCCUUUAAAUUGGAGCAAAAUUCUGUUCCAAUUUAAUUGGGAUUAGUUUAAAAAUUUUAUAUUAAAUAUUUUUAAAAAAUUAAUUAAAAAUUUAAUUGAUUCUUACUUAAAUUCUUAUAGAUUAGUUCUUGGAUAGCUAUGCCAGAUUUCACAUCCUUGCUUCGCUCCCUCUCUUGCAAUCUUAAGGCAUGUGUUGCUCCCUCCGAAAGAGGACUUGCACUCGCAAUCUGGAGGUAAAGACUCUGGAUCACUGUGCGGUACACCACAGGGUUGCCCCUUCCGAAAUUCAAAAGUGAAUUUUCUGGUAAGCUAUCCGCCAAAAUGAAAUACUUAACAAAAAUGAUGGAUCUGGCAUCGCGCUGCGAAAUUGAACAGAACACCCUUGGGCUUUCUGCGCUAUCCCUUUCCAACUUCUAAGUCCAUCGUCCCUCAAGAUAAAACCUUGCUCUAGAUGUAAUGCGAUCGGCAGCCCAACAGUGCGCUCCGCUAAACCAAUAAAACCAGGCUGCACGCUGCUCUUCCUUCUGCAAGUCCUCAGACCAGUCUGGCUACUAGUAUUUAGAUGGCAGAAAGGUUCUCCAUGCCAUUUUUAAGCUUAAUAAUCGAUUCAGCGUGAAAACCAUCUAAAUAAUAUAUACUUAAAGUUAGGUCUAAACUAUUUUUUCAAAAUUUCAACUAUCAAAUUUUUCUAAUAAAAUAAAUUAAAGAGGUUUAAAGUAAGAAAUUUUUUGAUAUUUUGUUAAAACUUAAAAGGUUGACAAUAAAAUAUUUAUUUUAUUUAUUUAAAUAUUUUUUUCAGAAAUUAUUUUUACCCCUCAUCCUUAAUAAACAGCGAGUCAUUAAUCAAGGAUGGAGUGGAAGAGUAAGCUUUCUGUAAAAUUAACAUAGGAAAUCUUUGGAAGAGUAAAAAUAAUUGUAUUGGGAAGUUUCACCCUAAGUUUUGCAACUCUGCUUUUUGCUUUUUCUGAUUCAAUUUGGAUGCUCAUUUUCUCAAGAAUACUUCAAGGUGUUGCUGCAGCGGCGAACUUUACUCCAGCUCUAGCAUUGAUCACUGACAUUUCGCCUUCCCAUAAACUUGGUGAGGUUUUAGGAGAAAUUACAGGAUGAAGUGGAUUGGGGAUGCUUAUAGGCCCUCCUUUAGGAGGAAUAUUGUAUCAUCUUGGAGGGUAUUCAUUCCCAUUCAUUAUAGGAUCUGCAAUUACCUUCAUUCAGGCUGUGGCUGUAUUUGUAUUUCUAAAAGAUACGGAGAAAAAAAAAGAAAACACUUCAGGGAAAUUAAGUUUAUUUAGAGGGGAAUUUAUAGAGAUUAUUGGAGUAAUUAUAAUUGGAUCUGGAAGUUUAACAAUGCUUGAGCCAAUGAUUCCCCUGAUUUUAUAUUCAAAAUUCGCUAUCAACCCUCUACAAAUGGGGCUUAUAUUAGCACUUUCAGUGCUCUCAUUUGGCACUAUCUCACCGCUUGCUGGGAAAAUAUCAGAUCGUUCAGGAAGAAGGCCAAUAAUUAUAGUUGGAAUGCUCUUUUUAGGUGUUUUGCUGCCUCUUGUUUGCCUACCAGACUCAAUAUUGCUUGAAACAUUUUGUAUGGCUCUAAUUGGUGCAGCAUCUUCGCUAGUGAUGGUUCCAGUCCUACCCGAGCUCGCAGACACAGUAAGAAAAGUGGAAUCAUCUAACUAUGAGCAAAUUUACGCAACUUUUAAUUCAAGCUAUGCAGUUGGAAAUAUUGCGGGGCCUGUUUUAGGAGGAUUACUUAUAAGCUAUUUAGGUUUCGCAUAUACACUUAUUUGUUUUGCUUUGCUUAUAAUUGGCUAUGCAAUAUUUUUGGCAAUUGCUUCGCAAAGCAAUAAGGCGUUAGAAUAA